AUUGCUGGAGUGUCGAUCACUUGACAUUCGGGAAGAAAAUAUCGACCUCAAAAUUCGUGAUGUCUCAGGAGGAUCUUUAGGUUCAGAAUGAUUGUUGCUGGCGUACAGAAAGGUUUCAUGUUUCCAUGGAGACAAUAUCAUGUGACAUGUAUCAUUAAACCAAUGACUUGUGUUCGUCAAUUUAUUAAACCUGCCUGCACCACAAAGAAUUUUGAAAUACACUCUUCACAUGCUGAGCUAUCACAAGGGCAAUCACAAUCAAUAAGAUGCUGUAAAGGCUAUAGGAAAAAAUUGUAUCUUGAUGUAAGAAAUUCCAGUUCUUUCAAAUUUUGUUAUGGAAACUACAACCGACCAAAGACUUUGUUCGAUCAUUUCAAUGUUAGAAAUGUGUAUCCAUCUCAGAACCAUAGACACCUGAGUACCACAAAAGGGUACAGCUACGAUGUUGACAUUCUCUACCAUGGCUUACGAAACAAUGAUCGAGGCUGUCUGGCUCGUGCCAUUACUCUGGUGGAGUCUGCAAAUCAAACUAAGAAACUACAGGCAAAAAAACUCUUGAAUCUUAUACUACAGGAAAAUGCAAAAUGCCUCGGGAACACCACUUCAUCAUUUAGAAUAGGCCUAUCAGGCCCUCCUGGAGCUGGUAAAAGUACCUUUAUAGAAGUGUUUGGAACCUACUUAACAAAUCAAGGACACAGGGUAGCAGUGUUGGCUGUGGACCCGUCCUCCGCACACACUGGAGGUAGUCUUCUCGGUGACAAGACACGAAUGCCUGAGUUGUCAGUUAACAGGAAUGCCUAUAUCCGUCCAUCACCUGCUCGAGGUGUACUUGGAGGUGUUACUAGGACGACUAAUGAGGCAAUACUUGUGUGCGAGGCAGCUGGAUAUGACAUCAUUCUCAUAGAAACAAUAGGUGUGGGGCAGUCAGAGUUUGUCGUCGCUGAUAUGGUUGACAUGUUUUGUCUUCUCAUUCCUCCGGCUGGUGGUGAUGAGCUACAAGGUAUAAAGAAAGGAAUUGUGGAGAAGGCAGAUUUGGUUGUUGUAAAUAAAUCAGAUGGAGAUUUUGUGCGUGCUGCUCGUCUUAUACAAGCUGAAUACAUCAGCGCUCUCAAAUUCAUGCGACAAAGAUCUCCAAACUGGAAACCUAAGGUGAUGAGGGUAUCCUCACUACGUAAUGAAGGUAUUGAGGACCUGUGGACAAAGAUGGACACAUUUAAAAACACAAUGAUAGAUUCUAAGGAGUUCACCAACAAAAGACAGAUGCAGAAACAAAGAUGGAUGUGGAAUCACAUACACGACAAUAUCAUGGAUUUGUUUCGAUCUCACAAGUUGGUGAAAUGUAAAAUCUCGGAUGUUGAGAGACAAGUUGUUGAUGGUGUCAUAUCUCCUGGUGCAGCUGCUGAUCUGCUUUUACAGGAGUUUAUAAAAGAGAGAUGAUGAACUAGUCAUAAUACUUCAAAGCUCUUAUGUGAUAAUAUGAUAAUGUUAUUAAAUGUGAUAUUUUU